UUGUUGAAGAAAGAGGCGGUAUUGCAAUAGUUGAUGGCUCUAAUCUUUUGGGUGUAACAGUUGGGAAUUAUUGUGCUUCCAAAGCCAUGGAGUUGGCGCGUAUUUACGGAAUAGGUUUUGUUGUUUUGAGAAACACUAAUUCCGUUGGUCCUGGGCAAUUCUAUGCAAAACAAAUGGUUAGACUUGGAAUGAAAUGGUUCUACUUUGAGUUAUGCCUCCAAUCAACUCACAUUUGA